CAGCCCGGAAAUCGCCCUGAUCCCGGUGGCUCGGGUCUCCGCCCUGGUUCGGGAUCGCUGUGGCUGCCGGUCCACAGCGGGAGGGCUGACGGGCGAGCUGUAUUGCAGAAGAGCGGAGCGGCGAUCGUUGAAGGAGGGGCAAAGGGAGGCGAGGGGCGGUGCUGGGACACACCGAGCCGGGAGAGGGCGAACGGCGGCCAGUUUGCUGGACACAGAGAACUGGAGGGCGGACUGAGCCACGGGAUGGGUUCCAAGCUGACAAGAGGCGGCGGCGGCGGGGCGGCGAGCCCGCGGGAGGAGCGCCCCAGGUCGGCCUCGGUACAGGGCGCAGGCUGGUGGCCGGGGGUUCGCGGCCGAGAUUCGGCUCUCAGCGCCCUGUUGCUCCGGCCCGAGCGGCUGCUUUCGCCGAAGCCGGCGCCAGCCCCAUACGUGCGCAGGGUGCGCUGGAUCCGCGAAAUCCAGGCGCUGCUGCGGCAACACCGAGCCGAACAGGCGGCCACGCUUCUCGGAAUGCUCCGCAAGGACCUGGGCUUGGAAGGCACAUCUUUGAACGAUGUCCUUUAUAAACACACAGCCUUCCUGAAUCUGGUGGAUCCCAUUUCUCAUGACCUACUGAUGAACCUGGCCCGAGAUAUCCAGUGCCCCAAGAAGAUCUUCAGCCUUCUCAAUUCCGAGAGCAUGUCGCCUGCAUUCGGUAAAGCGAAACCCGUGUGGCAUCAGCCCCUCUGAAGUGCGCAGCCUCUCAGCUGCUGACAUCUUCCCUGUACUGUGUGAUGGCUUGCUCACGUUCUGCACAGCUUUGGUCUUCCUGCUGUGUUUAUCAGUGUCACAGAGCACAAAGGUCCUCGGUCGCUUCUCACCUACCUCCCCAACUGCCUUCGGGGCCGUGCAGUCCCAGUCCCCAGAUGUUGUUUCCUGCACCUCGGCGUCCUGUCCUGUACUCCCAUUUAAUCACAUCUGUCCUCCCAUACGCAAUACCCAGCCGGUCAGGCAGCAUCUGUGAAGGGGGAAUGAAAGGCACACUGGAGCUGCCGGAGACUACAACACCCAGCAGGUCAGGCAGCAUCUGUGAAGGGGGAAUGAAAGGCACACUGGAGCUGCCGGAGACUACAACACCCAGCAGGUCAGGCAGCAUCUGUGAAGGGGGAAUGAAAGGCACACUGGAGCUGCCGGAGACUACAACACCCAGCAGGUCAGGCAGCAUCUGUGAAGGGGGGUGGGGGGAAACCAACGAUAACAUUUAGCCUCAAAGACAUUUCAAUGAAUGAGGAGAAGAUGGUGGGGUGUUCAGCGAGGGUCAGAGGAAAGUGGUGAAAGGUGGGGAGAAUGAAUGUGAUGUGCUGAAAAGAGAAUGAGUGUAACCAGUAGGGAAUGUGACGCGGGGAAGGUGGGGAAUGUGACGCGGGGAAGGUGGGGAAUGUGACAUGUGGAAUGUGACAUUUGGAAUGUGAUGUGGGGAAUGUGACGUGUGGAAUGUGACGCGGGGAAUGUGUGGGAUUUGACGUGGGGAAUGUGAGGCGGGGAAUGUGGGGAAUGUGACAUGUCCUCACUUCCUUUGUCUCUGAGUAAGUUAACUGAUAAUCUGAUAGUUAAACACACUAUGAGAAUUUGGGUCCAAUUCCAAAAAUACUUCGCCUUAUUGAGAUUUUCUCUUUCAAGUUCCAUCUUUUCUAAUUAUUUUUUUAAACCCUCUAUGAUUGAACUGGCUUUUAAAGAAUGGGAUAGAUUUGGUAAUAAGUGUUUUCAGGAUUUGUUUGUUCAGGGAAGUCUCUUUUCAUUUGAACAACUGUCAACUAAAUAUAGUUUACCCAAAACUCAUUUUUUCGAUACCUACAAAUAAGAGAUUUUUUUACGGUCUCAAGUACGUACAUUUCCUAAAAGUCCUGAUAAGAAUCUACUAGAUGUAAAUUUUUAAUUUGAAACCUUUUUAAAAUGGAUCUAUAUCUAAUAUUUAUAAUAUGCUGUUGGGAAUGAGAAGUGUUCCUUUAGAUAAAAUUAAAAAUCUUUGGGAACAAGAUUUACAGACUUCAAUUUCUGAGGAAACUUGGAAUCAAAUUUUUAAAUUCGUUAACACUUCAUCGUUAAGUGCCCGCCACUCUCUCCUACAAUUUAAAGUGGUCCAAAGGGCCCAUAUGACUAAGGAUAAGCUGUCUUGUUUUUAUUUAUAUAUAUCUCCGUAUUGUGUUGAAUGUAAUAAUGGAGAAACUUCACUCAUUCAUAUGUUUUGGACAUGUCCGAGUCUUGGAAAAUAUUGGAAGGAAAGCACAAAUGAUGACUAAUAAUUUUUUUUUCCUUUUUUAUUCACUAAUCAGCUUCGGUCUUGGGAGUGGGUUAGAUUUUUUUAAUAUAAUAAAAUUACUAUAUUUCAAUGUUACGAAUUAAUUAAUCUGUAUGAAUAUAGAGUAAAGAGUCUUUAUAUGCGAUUUAGUAUAAUGUAUUGAUAUAUUUUUUUCUUAUACUCUGUAUUCUUAUAUAUAAAAUUAAUUAUAAAGAUAUUGGAAAGGGAAUGUGCGGAAUGUGACGUGGGGAAUGUGACGUGUGGAAUGUGAGGAAUGUGACAUAGGGAAUGUGACGGGAAAGUGACAUGGGAAAUUUGAUGAAUGUGACGUGGGAAAUUUGGGGAAUGUGACAUGGGGAAUGAACUUGAUGUGGGGAAAAUACACUGAGUGAGACCAGGUGGUAGUUAUGGCAAGAGAGUCCGAGGACAACCAGACGGUCUUGGCUCUGAUCUGCAUUUGCCACAAACUGGUGUCUGUGGCGUAGUUGUUGCUUCAGUCUGUCCCUGUCUUCCCUUCUUGGUACAUUAGUACUGGCUGCUUUCCACAUCCUUUGCUAAUUCCCUUGGUCUUAUUGGCCUCUGGUUCUUCCUUCUCCUUGUCAACCCCCCUACCCCACCAGGGGCACAGUAACUAACUGAUGCCUAUUAGACAUCAUGUACUCCCACAAUAUUCUACACUCAGAUCAUGACUAUCCCUCGAGGUCAAGCAUGAUGGUCUUCGUUCUGUUGAUCUACUUAUGGGCUCUCAAGUGGUUUAUGAGUCCAAUCUUGGCUUUGAAAGUUUUUCCGCAUUCAGGACAGGUAGUUCCAGAUGGCAGAUCGGGCUUUGGUUGUUGCUGCCUCUCUUUCCAUUUUCUUCUCUUUUCUUCUAAUUCUGCACAUCUGUUGGCUUUGAAAGUUGCUGUUCCUUCUCGGAUGACGGCUUGCCUGAGUUUCCUGUCCUUGGCAUUGGUUUCCCAAUUGUUGAUGUCGAUGUUACAUUUCCUCAUGUUGGUUUUUAAGUCGUCUUUGAAUCUCUUCUGUUCCAGACUACACUUCCUCAAAUUCAAAUUCGCAUUUAAUUGUCAUUCAACCAUAAAUGAAUUCAGCCAAACGCAUGUGUUUGAAAAUUCAGUACCAAUGGUUAUACAGGGCAGAAGACACAUAUGGGACAUAUAAGAUAUCAGUAUGCAUACAAUCACAGAAAGAGUAUAUAAUAUGGCCCAUGUCCCUGAGAAUCUGUCUGUAGAUUGAUGGUGUUUGGAUAUUGUUGUCCAGAGUAAGCCUGCAGCAGUCAUCAAACAUACCCAAUCAUGUUUGCCUUCCAUCGAGCGAGCUCUGGAGGGCAGUACCAUCAGGAGGGGGCUCAACAUGGACACUGUGCCACACUGCCUCUGGUGUUUCCUCUCCUGGGCCUUAUCUGUGCUACAACUGAAGCCUUGCAGCUCCCCCGCCAUUCGUCUCACUGGACUUGCAGUAUUCUACAUAUCUGUAAUCAGUCAAAUAGGGGACCGUGCACAAUCCUGAUUUGAUGGAGAUAGACGUGAGAGUACGGAGGAACAUCUGGAAAACUUCUGAAAUGCCCGCUUCGCUGCCGCUGCUACUGUGUGGUAACCGGAAUCUCCGGAGCUGAAGGCCCCAAAAUCCUUGGCUUUGCGUGUUUCAGCGGCCGGGGAGAGGUCGAAGGCGCACAGCAGAGGAUGGCGCUCGAGAGGCUGUAUCGGAGGGGCUGGUCGGAGGCUCGCGUUUUCAGUUGGACGGACUCGGUUUCGGCUGUGGUCAGCUGCUUCCAAGACAUCGGCAAGUUGACGGUGCCUGGAGGUUUACGGCAGGGAGUUUCUCCCUUUUGCUGCCUGCUAUCGGGGACUUGGGAGUCGA